CCUACCCCCGCACUUCACGCUUUGGCUGGUGGUGGAGCCCCUGUGAACGCGUGGGUGCGGGUCAACGCAGACAGCCAGGGCACUUGGAGGAGCAUCUAUGUGCGGGAGACGGAGCUGGCAACGGCGGCAUGGCUUUGAGCGACCGUUCUCGUUGCCGCAACUGGCUGCAUGGGUGCUGAAGGUUGUCCUUGGAGGCCUGUUCAUUGCCUUCCUCCUCCCGGCCAUGCCCGUCGCCGUGGCAUGGAUCAUCGGCGUCGCUGUCAGCAUUGCUCUCGUCCUCGCCCUCAGCCUCAUGCUCUUGCUCACCGGCACCAAUCCGGGGCACCCAUUGCUUGCUGAGAGCCGGCCAUGGGAGCUUCCCGAGCCAGAGCCGGACUACUCGCAGCCUGCCAUCAAUCCCGACACGCUCUUCUGUCGGCUGUGUCAGAUCACCACCUCGCCAAGGACCAAGCAUUGCUGGACGUGCGGCAAGUGUGUGGCGGGCUUUGAUCACCACUGCAUGUGGCUGAACACAUGUGUGGGCGAUCGCAACUAUGCGUGGUUCUUUGCCUACCUCGUCACCAUGACCGGUCUGGCCGUCACCCUCAUGGGUACCUCGUUUGUGGUCUUUGUUGUCUACUUUGUUGACCAGGCCUCGGUCGACUCGCACUUUUACAAUGUCUACCCCGAGAGCGUCCCGCUCGCAGUGGUGGCGAUUGUCUCGGGCACCGUCGGUGUGCUCUGCGCCAUCGCCCUCGCCCUCCUUGCCCACCUGCUCGCCUUUCAUAUCUUUCUUAUCUACAAGGGCGAAUCGACGUACGACUACAUUGUGCGCCAGCGGGCGGCCGCAGACGCCGAGGCCGACGCUGCCGGAGAAGACCGCCCCUUACCUUCCACCUCGGUCAUUCUCCCUCAACUUCUCGCUACCGAGACCACCGGCUCGCCGCUCUCAGCUCGCCGCCGGCGCGGCAGCGCGAGCAUGCCACCGUCGCCGCGGCUUGCCAAGCCCAAAGCCGGUUCGAACAAGGUUGCCCCGCUCUCGCUUGUCUCAGGCAAAGCCUCGCUUUCGGUCGAUUCGGAGGACAACUCUCGGAUGAUUUCGCCCCGCGAGAUGGCCGCAGAGCGCGUCGCCCAGUUUGCCGCCCGCUACUCGGACCGCUCACCGCGCGGCCGCUCCGAGUCUUACGGAAACUCGGCGACGAACUCAAUUGCCAACAAGCGUGCAAUGUUCCACUUCUCGUCUGACAUCGACGGCGAGACCUCAGCCGAGCCCGCCAGCACCGUCACCACCUCGCACGCCGACGGUGUCCAUCCGUCCUCGCCAGUCUACACCAGCUCGGUCCUCUCGUCCCACGCGAGCGAGACGACUUCCGGCUCUUAGGUGCCCUCAGUUUGAGCACACUGUGCUGCAACGUAAAUCCACCGCGGCUCUCGUGCCUCUCAUCGA